AUGUCAGAGACCGCUUCUCUCAAACCCAAUAAAUUCCCGCCAGACGUGCUGGCGCGGAUUGCGCCCGAUGUGCUGCUCCAGAAGUAUCUGCAGAUUGGUCUGCGCCCGUCGUUGCGGAAGUUUGACGAGUUCAGGCCGGUCGCAAUCAGCCGUGCGGGAGUUGGAAGGUACGAGGCUAGCGAGCAAAACGGCGACAUCAACGGCGUUGGCAGCGUACUAGGAUCUUCGAUCGUGAAGUCAGGCAAGACCACUGCUAUCUGUUUGAUUAGUGGCGCGAUUGUCGAGGACGACCAUGAGCUGAUUAACGACUACAGAACAAAGCUGGAAAAAGAUAUAAUAGACAGCGAAACUCAUACAGAUAGCAAGAACGCCAGCGUUUAUACAGAAGUUGAGAUCUCGCGCGGCGGCAGUGGGCCGCCGAACGAGGAGGAGAUUGCGAUCUCGCAUAGGCUAUACGAAACGAUCUACCACUCUGGCCUGAUUGACCGCGACGCUCUGAAAAUCCAGCUUGGGUACAAGGGAAGCGAGCAGCUGGAACAGGAUUUCCUGCCACACACAAGCUACUCUUUUGUUCUAUACGCUACCAUUCAGGUCUUCUCGCGUGCUGGCCCAGUGUACGACCUGUGUUACGGGGCACUUGUUUCUGCGCUUCGACAGACCCGUCUUCCUGCUGUGUACAUUGCCGAGAAACGGACUGAGGUGGGAGUUCGUCGGGUGCGGAUCGAGGAGUACGACCUCGUGUGUGAGGCCGAGAAGAAUGAGCCUUUGAGACUGAACGAGAAUAAAUUGGCCUGGAGCUCGACGUUUGGACUGGUGGAGCUCGACAGAGACGUUCCUCAUGACGAGGAUAAAAUGGAGAUUGACACAGAAGGCAAGAUUUUGCUGGCAGAGCUGGAAGGCGAGGCGGAAGAAGACAUCAACACACGGAUCACCGUGAGCUCAAACGGCAGUACCUUGAGUGGACUUAGUGUUUACGGAGCCGCCGGCGUCACCAAGGAUGAUUUGAGAAAAGCAUUUGACUUAGCCAGUCGGCAUUCCCAGUAUGUGCUGAAUAGUGGAGGGAUGGAGAUGUGA